UGAAACAAUUCAGUUUACUUUGGGAUGGGAACCAGAGGAGCAUUCACUUGAUGACAUACGUAAUCUCUUAGAGGAAGCAUUUAAAGAAUUAAACAAGAGGAUUAUUGUACGAAGCAUUCAUAGUGGGAACUCCAUCAUUAUCAUCUGUUAUGGUCCACAUCAUUUACUAGCUGCUCUUCUCUUGGAAGCACAAGACAACCUAACUGUCUUGAUGAAGGAAUUCAAUUUAAUUAGACUAACCAUUGGCCACUACACUGUCUACGAUAAAAGGAUCAAAUACAAAGUAAUGAAUAAUGAGUGUCUUGCAGAGGAGAUUAAACUAGCUGAUGGAGAGGAACAAGAACUGAGGACUUUACUUGACUACAAAGAAGGAUCAAUAUUUGAACAAGAUAAACAACUGAAUAUCAUCAAAAAAAGAAAAGAGUAUAUUGAAAGGAGACUAGAGACACCAGAGUCUAAACUGAAAGUGAAGCUACUGACUAGAGGGAAGUUGAUAAAUAAAAUAUUCAAAUCAAAGAAAUCAGAGACUCAGUAUUUCCGAACCUCUCUCCUAAUGAAAGCAGGAAGAGAGGAGGCAUUAGUGGAGUAUAAGAAAGAGAUUGAGUUACUGCAAGAAAAUAUAUCAAUAACUAGUGUACAACUGCUGAUGAGUGAAAAGGGAAAUAUUGAGAAGAAGGAUCAGUGUACACAAUCACUGGAUACACCAACAGCAGAAUCUAUUUACACAGCACGUACUGACUAUCAUGGAAUAUGGAGUCAUCAUCUUUCAUUCAGUGAGGGAGAGCAGCUGGAGAUAUAUGAGAAGGCUGAUAGUUUUAAUUGGAGUGGAAGAUCCUUGGUGUCUGGUGAUGAGGGAAAGAUUCCUAGUAGUUAUAUCAGGAGUACGAGUGGAAUAGACAGGAAAAAAGAUGCAGUUUUCAGUGUUGCCAACAUUUCAUUCACAACACUAGAACUAACAGAAAUGAACAAACAAAGAAAGGCUAAUAUAGCAUUGUUCAAUAAGUUCCAGUUGCCAUGA